AUGCAUAGCUCAACUGGCUCAAUUUUCAUUCUGAUAAUGACACUUGCCACCAUGGUCAUCACAGCUGCUCCAAUCCAACUCAACAAAUCAGGAGACAAAGCUUAUGGAAUUGUUAAAAGUAAUGAAAUGAUCAUGUAUUAUGUAUAUACCGAUACUUCAUUUACAUUGAGUUUGAAUUAUGUAGAUUCGGUGACUGUUUACAUCAGAUCAGGAUAUGAACCGACUAGGAUAAUGUAUGAUUACAUUAUAACGUCAGCAUAUCCUUCACAAGAUGUUUUAGUCUAUUCGAAUUCAACCUAUUUUAUUGGAGUUUCAACAACAGCGACACAGAAAAGCUACACGAUCGAAUUGAAAAAAUCAAAUAGUAAUUCACAGAGCACAGAAUCUGGAUUGGCCAAUUGGAUAAUCGCAGUCAUUGCAACCAUUGUUUCAGUGGUUGUGUUGUGCAUUGUUGGAAUUACCUUCUUGAUCAUUGGAUUGAUUUGUUGUGGAGUGUUUGGAUGUGGUUUGGUGUGUUGUGGUAUUGGAGGUGCUGCUGCAAUGCAUGCAAAUUCAACUCAACAACCAGCUUCGUCAACUACAACUGUUACAACCACAUAUGGUGGUGUGAAUGGUCAACCAAUGCAACCACAGCAACAGCUAUAUUAUCAGCCACAGCCACAGCCACAGAAACCACCAUACUCUGAUAUUCCAAUGCAACCAAUGGCUAUUCCAGUGGCUGCACAACCAAAUCCAAUCAGUUCAAUGCAUUCGAUGAAUUCGUGGGAGGGAUCUCAAAUUUCGUUAAAUUCUGGAUUUUCAAGUCAAGCUCAACUCUAUGAAAAUUUACAACCAACUUGUCCUGUAAUUGAAGAAGAGGAAGAAGAACCAAAGGAAUUGGUAAUGAAUUAA